AUGUCGGCAGACGUCUUCAGUGUGAGCUCGCGCGACCUGCAGACGACCCUGAUUGACAAUACCAUCCGCAAAUAUACUACGGAGUACAUCCGUGUAGCCUUGAAGCUGGUUGCCUUCUUGGCUGUUAUCACUGGUCAAAUAAUCCAUGUUAAGAAUCUACCCGUCCUAACUAAUGUCGUCACAAGCUACGAGGACAAACUAGACUUCCCGGCAGUCACCAUCUGUAAGCCACUUUCCACAGCUACUCAUCCUGAUCUCGGCCCCUUCGAGAAUGACGUCUUGAUGAACCUCGACAUUAAAAACCGAACUUUCUUCACGUCACUUUCGGAUGAGGAUUACGCCAGAAUCGACACCGGUGAAAUCUAUCAAAAGAGGUUUCUUCUUGAGGACAAAUUUCUGCGGUUUUGUGUGUUUGCACACAAUAACUGCUCCCAUAUCGUGAAAACCAGCCUUGUGAUAGAUUACCUUUGCGAGACUGUCAAUAGUGUUUUACCAGACGACUGGUCAUGGUCGCCUGAAUCGGAUACAACUACAACAGGCAAUGUAUCAGAAGGUUUCAUAUCAAGGACGCCCGGUCUGAAAGCCGGUCUAAUACUUUUUCUGAAGCUGGGAAGUGAAGACCUCGGUGUGAAACUGAUUCUCCACGAGCCUGACGAGAAAAUACGGGUGGUGAAUUCAGAGUUCCUACAGUUAUCUCCCUUCAGUGAAAAUUACAUUGGUGUCGAGGUGUUCAAGAACAAGUUUCAGCCUUCGCCUUACCGAGCAUUCGGGGACCGGAAGUGCCAGGUGACGACGGGUGACUUCCGGCACCCCCUAGUUCCUACCGGAAAGUACACCCUUCGAGCUUGCCAGGACGCCUGCAUGAUUGAAAGCACCAGAAACUUUUGUGGGUGUCAAAUGGAUUAUAUCAAAAAGCACACUGAAGAAAAGAUGUGUGAUCCGAUACGGAUAAUCGACUGCCAGACUAAGAUGGUGGAGAGAUUCCUUAACAACAGUCUCUCGGUACCGUUGUGCGACUGUCCGUUUCCGUGUGAAGACCUAGUGUACGACACGACUCUCUCUUCUAGUCCUAUUAGAAACGCAAUGGAUAAGGACAGGGGAAAUGAUGUUCUUGUCCACAUCCACUUCAAUCGCCUGAAGAUCGUGUCUACAGAACAAGUGCCCGACUACACUACCGGCGACGUCUUUGCAUCUAUUGGCGGUCAGAUGGGACUGUUCCUUGGUGCUUCCAUCAUCACGGUCACAGAGAUCCUGGAGCUGAUGAUCAGAUGUUUAUACGGUUGGAUGCGUGGAGACUUGCGAAAGAAACCAGCCGGACGGACAUAG